AUGGAGUAUCGUCCUCUGACGGAAGCCAUCACAUUGGUUGAGGACGAUUUAGCCCCCGACCACGCAGGUCAACCAUCCGGGCCAGGGUUGACUGCUGGCCCAACACCAGGAAUGAACACGUUUGGGAUAGUGGGUGAAGCACAUAUUGCUGCUGCACUGUCGGCAGAAGCUAGUACAUCACCUCCCGGAUAUCAUUCUCGUCUGCGUUGUCCUGCGCGCGAUUCCUGUCAUGCCUUGAGC